UUGUUCAAAUAUUGUCCCGCGUUAACGAAGCAGACGGGCCAGCCUAAUAUGAGGCCUGCAGGACUGGAGACGUAGGGAAGGCGAGGACGCCCCCCGGUCGCCCGUCCUCGCCGUCACGCCCGGGUAGGAGGCAAGGUGUGCAAGACGACAGAGUGACGUCUUGUGAGGGGGCACAUCCGAUACCUUUCUCAAAUCAGUCGGAAAAUUGCGCAAUCUUGAAAGUGUGUAACGCUCAGUUUCCUCCCGUUAGUAUUUGAAGGUUCCCUUCACCCUUUGGCGCGCUUCUUCCCGCCACUCGCUCUCGGACCAGGGACUACUUUGUCUCUGGCUGUCCACAGCGGACUACAUCCGCCAUUUCCGGUGGUCUGGUCAGUCGCCCUGCCUGAGUUUAGCAGGCCGGCAGGUCCGGUAAUUUUAUCCUGAAUCAUCUAGAAGAUUAUAAUGGCUGGGCCAUAUAUUUAUUGAGAUGCUUUUAUGAGCUGUGCAAGAAAGGUUGGAUAAUAAAUUUUGGUUAUGAUGAUUGUAGACCGGAUGCGGUUUCUUUAUGGAAUAAAAUAUAAGCCUCCUAAUAUGCCAUCGGGUCUUAUUGUUUAGCCCUACUUAUUGGCAGUGUGUUAUUGUUUAUCUGAGAUGUUGGACCUCCGGCGGCAUGAAUCUAUUUUAAUAUGUUGGCCCCCGCCGCGCCGCCCCGGGCCCCGCCCCAGUGCACGACCGCCCAGCCCGGCCUGAGCUGGGCCCUGUGAUGACGCCGACCCUCCUCAUCGCCACCGUCCGAUGCUUCCUUAUCCUUCUCCCCCUCUUCCUGACGUCCUCCACCUCCUCGUCGUCCUCGGCCUCCUCCUCUGCCUCAAGCUCGUCCCCAUACCUCGCUGCCUCCGCUACCGCGAGCAGCUCCCCCGGCAGCCCGAGAUGUGCGUCCCCUGCGUGUGCGGCGGCUGCGGCGGCGACGGUGCCGACUGCUGGCUCCGGGACGACCUGGAGGGGCACCUCCUUCACUCCUACGGGUACAGACACCUCCACGGGCUCCCCCGCGGACACGGCGGCGAGUCCAUCCCAGAACAGCACCUCCACCAUGUCCACCACCACCUCUAUAACUGGGAUCACUACGUCCCCCACGUCGUACACUGCGACGCCCACGCGCCCCGGCCCGCCCCUCCACACGGCGACCCCUCCGGCCGCGGAGGCCCCCCCGACCAGCCCCUCUGCCAGCGCCACGCACCGCGCGACGGGUACAGAUGACGAGGCGGCGCCGGCGCCGACGUCAUCCCCUGCACCCACCAGCGCCGGCGAGCGCCGCGGGCGGAUGAUGUACAUGGCGCCGGUGCCGGAGGGCGGCGAUGAGGAGGAGGACCCCGUCGAUGAGGAGGAGUACGUGGAGGCCACGGACGGCCCGGAGUGGGGCGGCUACACGGACGUGGGCCCCGAGGACGAGGUGGCGGACGACAACUCCACGAGGGAGAUGCUCUCGCCGUCGCACCAGGACGGCGUCAAGCCCAAACCCGAGAAGCGCUCCGAGUCGCGCGGUCAACAGCUCGCGCUGCCCGAGGCGGCCGGCCUUGGAGGGCAGCGGCAGCGGCAGCAGCAGCGGCAGCAGCAGCGGCAGCAGCAGCGGCAGCAGCAGCCGCAGGCGUCGGCCGUGGUGCGCGGCCCGCGCCGCGAAAGCCACGACACGCACGUCACCAUCCUGGGCCUGUUCGAGCUGACGGUGCGCGGCCGGGAGCGGCCCCAGGGCCGCAGCGAGCUGGCCGCCGCGCGCAUGGCCGUGCGCAGGAUCAACCAGCUGGGCAUCCUCAAGGGCUACACGCUGCACCUCAUCCACAACGACACCAAGUGCGACUCGGGCGCCGGCGUGGACGCAUUCUUCCACGCGCUGUACGCGCUGCGCUCGCGGGUGACGCUGCUGCUCGGCUCGGCCUGCGAGGACGUCAGCGAGAGCCUGGCCAAGGUGGUGCCCUACUGGAACAUCGUGCAGAUGUCGUUCGGGUCCACGUCGCCGCUGCUCUCGGACCGCCACGAGUUCCCGCUCUUCAGCCGCACGGCCGCGCCGCAGUCCUCGCACGACGCGGCACGCACGGCGCUGCUGCGCGCCUUCGGCUGGGACUCGGUGGCCGCCCUCAGCCAGGACCGCGACGUGCACUCGCUGGCGGUGAACAGCUUGGUGACGGCGCUCGAGCUUGCCAACAUAUCCUGCCGCGCGAGCGUCACGUUCGCCGAGAACGACUUCGACGACCAGCUCACCCUACUCAAGGAUCUGGACACGCGGAUUAUCCUGGGAAGCUUUUCACGUGAGGUGGCGCCCAACAUCUUCUGCAAGGCGCUGGGGCUGGGAGUGGUCGGCGAGGACUACGCCUGGGUGUUGCAGGGCGCGCCCGAGGACGCGUGGUGGACGAGCCCGGACUUCAGCUGCGAGGCGGGCAGCCUCGGCGACGCGGUGGAGGGCCUGCUACUCGUGUCCAGCUACGGCCGCAGCCCCGGGGAGACGCCCUCCGACUCGGGACUGACUUACGACGAGUUUGUGGGCGCGGUGGGGCGCGAGGCGCAGCCGGUGUCGGAGCUGGCGGGGCAGACGUUCGACGCGGUGUGGGCGCUGGGGCUGGCGCUGCGCAACGCCCAGCGCGUGUGGAGCACCUCGCUGCGCUCGCCGGCGCUGCACGACUUCAGCUACCACCGCAACGACAUGGCGAGCGAGUUCCUGCGCCAGAUCGCGCGGCUCAACUUCACCGGCGUCUCGGGGCCCGUGUCCUUCCGGCAGGCGGACCGCAUCGGGAUCUCGCUGAUAUCACAAGUGCAAGGCGGCGUGGCGCUGCCCGUGGCGCUGUUCCACCCGGCGCGCGGCGCGCUCGAGUGGCUGGGCGGCGGCGACGCGCCCGCGGUGCGCUGGGCCGGCGGCCACACGCCCGUCUCGCGCCGCGUCUGCGUGCUGCGCGUCAUCACCGUCAGCUCGUACGCCUUCCUGGCCAUCACGUGCCUCGCCGCCCUGGGCAUGCUCGUCGCCGUGCUCUUCCUCGCAUUCAACCUGCACUACCGCCGCCUCAAGUACAUCAAACUGUCCUCGCCGAGGCUAAACAACAUGGCAGCCGUGGGAUGCGUGCUGGUGUACGCCGCCGUCAUCCUGCUGGGCAUCGACCACGCCACCCUGCCCAACAGCGCGCCCUUCUCCGCCGUCUGCACGGCCCGGGUGUACUUGCUGUCGGCGGGCUUCUCGCUCGCGUUCGGCUCCAUGUUCACCAAGACGUACCGGGUGCACCGGAUCUUCACCAUGAGCUACGGCUGCUACAGCGGAAGCAAGAAAAAG